UAUUUAUCAGUGGAACAUGCCCACAAUGAUGUUGAAAACAUCUGACCAAUGACCAAGACCCUUGUGUUAAUUAUUCAUAGAUAUUCAAAUUUGAUUGGCUCCUGAUAUUUAAAGGGCUAGCUAGCACUACAUUUACAUUACAUUUAUUCACUUAGCAGACGCUUUUAUCCAAAGCGACUUACAAAUGAGAAGAAAAUACAAGCAAAGUGAUAUAUCAAGCAGAGAACAAUACAAGUAGUGCUACCAUACAAGAUCCAUUAAUUGAGUUAUAGAAGAAGCAAAGUGCACAUUUUAGAGCACAGAGUAGAGGUGUAAGUGUACAUUAUUUAUUUAUUUAUUUAUUUAUUCAUUAUUAUUAUUAUUUUAUUAUUAUUAUGAGUUGAUUAGGUGUUCACGGAAGAGGUGGGUCUUUAGCUGUUUUUUUGAAGAUGGUGAGAGAUUCUGCGGUCUCGUAGCAUGAAACGUAUUCGUCCCAGUUUAUCAGAUGUCCCACUUUUGCUGAACUCGCCCAAUACGCCGUUUUUAAUAUAAAAAAGAAAUACCAGUCAAUAUCUAUAUGAGUUCCAAGUGCCAGUAUGUGAAGAUGAAAUGAACAGAACACAAGGAGAGAUUUUACUUUGCAUGGCAGUGUAACAGUUAAACCCCUACAGUGACCAUAGUCCUGCCUCCCCUUGGCUAGGGACACCAAACUGACUGGAGCCAAAAAAUAAAAAGUUUUCCUCCUUUAUAUCGGACUGGUAGUCCUAAUAACACCUGAGGGAUAACUGUUUUAAUAUCUGAUGGCAACAAUGUUGAACACCAGCACAGGUCUUUGGGAGAUCACAUCACCCAGUAACUCUCUCCUUAGUGUUUUCAGCACAACAGAAUAUGAUUAUUCUGAUGUUGUGUCUUCUCAACCGUGUGAUUAUGAAACCCAUGCAAGCCGUAUUCUCCCUGUGCUCUACUCCCUGUUCUUCGUGGUGGGCUUCCUGGGAAACAUGCUGGUGCUGUGGGUGAUCCUGAGGGGCCCUCAGAUGAAAAGCAUGACUGAUGUGUCUCUCCUGAACCUGGCCAUCGCUGACCUUCUACUAAUCUUCUCUCUUCCCUUCCUGACUCACUAUGCCAGGGAUACCUGGGUUUUUGGUAGAGCCAUGUGCACUCUGGUCCUCAGCGUGUACUACAUUGGAUUUUACUCUGGCAUUUUCUUUAUUGUGCUGAUGAGCAUCGAAAGAUACUUGGCUAUCGUCCAUGCUGUGUUUAUCUUGAGAAUCCGAACCAAGGCUUGUGGGAUUUUAGCCAGCCUGGUAGUCUGGAUUAUAGCUAUUGCAGCAUCAUUUCCUGAGCUGCUGUAUCUUGGAGUUGAAGAGACUGGGACUGAAGUAGUUUGCAGUGCUUAUCCAAAAAAUAAAAGCCACAACGAUGUGAGAAGUGCAGCUUUCUUUAAGAUGAAUAUUUUGGGAAUGCUGAUUCCACUGAGUAUUGUGGGAUUUUGCUACCCGAUGGUGUUCCGGAGGCUUCAAACGCUUCGUACACCAAAGAAACUGGCCAUUCGUCUUGUUGCUGUGGUCAUGGUGGUGUUCUUCUGCUGUUGGAUACCGUACAACAUUGCAGCAUUCCUCAAAGCACUGGAACUGAAGCUUAUCCUGCCUCCAGGGUGUGAGCUCAGCAAAACAAUCCAGUUCAUGCUGCAAGUCACUGAAGCUAUAGCGUACUCACACAGCUGCCUCAAUCCAUUCCUCUAUGUGUUUGUGGGUCAAAAGUUCAGGAGGAACCUCGCAAAGCUCCUCCUCGAGACCCCAUGCGUCCAAGUGCAGUGUAUGAAUCGCUACCUGACCCGGGCCGCAGCCCCAGUGAAUGAUGAUGAAGGCUCAGUUGGAAUCUGAAUGAAGGAACAUGAAGUCUUUUUUUAUAUGUAUAAAUUAUUUCCAUUUUAUACUGUAUGUACUAUUGGAAAUACUGUUGAGAUAACUUGUAUUUGAAUGUGUUAUAUAUCCCUGUUAUUAGGUAAAGAUUACCAUAAUGUGCUCUUUUUUAAAAGUUUUGUAAACUCUCAGAGUGCUAUCAUUACCUUUUGUACCUUUAAUGUGUAUUUUUUAA